AUGUGUACUAACAAUUCACUAUGUGACCCUGAUGAUCCUGUAAACCCAAUACCAUCUCUUCAGUUAGAACGAAAAGAGCGAAUACUUAAAGGGGCAUUCCAACCAAAAUUAAAAAUGUAUCCCAGGACACAGUUUGGAAAUAGAGCACGGAGUUUCCAAAGUUCCUGGUAUGAUGAUUUUAGCUGGUUAGAAUAUAGUGUGAAACUUGACAGAGCAUUUUGUUUCGUAUGUCGGAUGUUUAAUACAGCUCCAGGGUUAAAUGCCGGACAAGUAGACUUUGCUUUUUCACAAAAAGGUUUUAAAAAUUGGAGUACUUCUACUACAAAAUUUAAAAAACACCAAAAUUCAAUCUCCCAUAAUUUUAGCAUGACAGCGUAUCAUAACUUUUCAAAUUGUAAACCAAUUGAUGUUACCUUGGAUGAAUCUAGAUUAGUAUCUAUUAGUGAAAGAGAAAAGCAGCGUUUGCACAAUCGUAACAUCAUGCAUCGAUUGAUAGAUAUUACUUUGUGUUUAGCUAAAAGUGGCAAACCAUUUAGAGGGCACUUAGAAAAAAGUUCAGAUGUGUGGCCGCAAAAUGCUAAGUACUUGAGCAACCAUAUACAAAAUGAUUUAUUGACUUCUAUCAACAAUGUAAUGAAACGAAGUAUUGAAAAAAAAAUAAACAAUCGCCUCGUCACGAUAAUGGCCGACGAAACUAGUGACGUGGGACACCAUGAACAGAUGGCUGUGGCUGUACGCUACUUUGAUGAAGAUUUAUGUAAGCCCGUUGAGCAAUUUAUUGGUAUUCAACGUUUGACUGCAGUAGAUGCUAAUACAAUAUUUAAUAGCUUAACAAACAAAAUUGCGCAGUUAAAUAUCAAUUGGACAUCGGUUAUAGCUGUAUGUUUUGAUGGAGCUUCAGCUAUGAGUGGAAAAUUUAAUAGUGUACAGUCUAAAGUCAAAGAAAUCAAUCCAUCUGCAAUGUAUGUUCACUGCUAUGGCCAUUGCCUAAAUCUGGUAUUGGUUGAUAGCUUAGGGAAUAAAAACCGGGUUGUUUUUGAUUUUUUUGGAUGUGUCCAGCUAAUUUACAGUUUCAUUGAAGGGAGUCCAGUGAGGCAUGCUGUUUUUGAAAAAAUUGUUAAUGAAACAAAUUCCAGAUUGAAAACUCUCAAAACACUUUCAACAACUAGAUGGGCAUGUCGUGCGGAAGCUGUUACAGCUGUAGAAAAAAACUUUUCUUCUGUUAUUCAGUGUCUUGAAGAAAUUUCUGAAAACACUAAAUAUUCAGAGGUGAGGGCUAAAGCAAAUGGUCUUAUCUGUCAAAUGAAAAAUUUCAACUUUAUUUUUGCAUUAUAUAUGUUAAAACCUAUAUUAAUACAAAUCCAAAUUGUCAGUGCUCAAUUACAAGCACCCAACUUGAAUUUAUUAGAUGCAGUAUCUAUUGUAAAUGCAUUGAAAAAAUCUAUUAGUGAGUUAAGAAACGACGAAGAUAACUAUUCUAAACUUUAUGAAAAAGUUCUUACUGAAGAUUGCUACAAAAAUUGA